AUGAAGUACCUCUUACGCCUCAGGUAUGUUCCGGAACACUAUCACCAUGACUUACAGAAGCGUUUUCGUAAGUUAACUCUGGGAACAAGGAGCGUGGAAGAGUACUUUGAGGAGUUCGAGAAACUGAUGAACUCCCUAGAGCUUGAAGAGACCGAAGAGGCUUUAAUGGCUCAAUUUUUGGAUGGUCUCCAAGAGAGAAUAGCCCGCAAAGUGGAGAGGGUCAAGUAUAGUGGCCUCCACAAAUUGUUGCACCUUUCAGUUCAGGUGGAACAGCAAAUCAAACGUAAAGCCUCAAUGACAAGGGCAAGUUCGUGGACGUUGAUUCACGUCUCAAGUCAAAGCUCACCGAGGUGCCAAAACCCAAUCGACCGGAACCAGGGACGAGGGCACUAUGCACGAGACUGUCCAAAUCAAAGGGUAAUGAUCAUCACCCCGAGUGGAGGAUAUGAGUCUCAAGACGAGCCCGAAGAAGAACCAGAGAACCCUGAAGAGGAUGUGGAAUAUCCUGAUACUGGUGAAUAUCUCUUAGUGACGAGGAGAGUCCUAAGUGUGCAAGUUCAACCUGAGGAUCGGAUCCAACGAGAAAACUUGUUCCAUACGCGGUGCACCAUUAACAACAAGUUAUGUAAUCUUGUUAUUGAUGGAGGUUCAUGUACUAACGUGGCAAGCAAGUUCAUGGUAGACAUAUUAGGGCUGGAAAAGAUCAAGCACCCGAGACCAUACAAAUUGCAAUGGCUUGACGAUGCCACCGAGCUCAAAGUAACCGAACAAGUCACGGUUCCUUUUAGCAUGGGCAAGUACAAAGACGAGGUCCUUUGUGAUGUUGUGCCGAUGCAGGCAGGGCAUCUUUUACUCGGAAGGCCGUGGCAGUUUGACAAGGCGACUAUGCACAAUGGCCGCACCAACUUUUACAGCUUCACGCACCUUGGACGCAAAUAUAAUCUAGCUCCCCUCAGCCCCACCGAGGUCCAUGAACUACAGAGCCGAAUGCAACAAGAGGCUAAGUCUUCUAAAUCAGCAUUACACUUAUCUACUGGUGAAUUAAACCGCAUUUGUAGUGCCAACCGCACUAUGUUAUUAAUGCUUUUCAAAGAAUGUCUUAGCGCAGGUCUAAAGGAGCUUGAACUCCCACCCGAGGUAAAGAUCUUACUCAAACGGUUUGAAGAUGUCUUUCCUGAGGAGAUCCCACCAGGGCUACCACCUCUACGAGGAAUAGAGCAUCAGAUAGACCUUGUUCCAGGAUUUGUUGUGAGUGAACAGGGCUUACAGGUGGAUGAAGAAAAGAUAAAGGCGAUACAAGAAUGGCCUACCCCUACCACCAUCGGCCAUAAGAACGUUCCGUUCAAGUGGGGAAUAGCUCAAGACGAAGCGUUUCGAGCCUUGAAGGAGAGGCUCCCCCAAGCACCUGUUCUUGCCUUACCGAACUUCGACGAGAUGUUCGAAGUGAAAUGCGAUGCCUCCGGAUUAGGGAUCGGAGCUGUGCUGCACCAAAAGAAGAGGCCGGUGGCGUAUUUCAGUGAGAAACUCCAUGGGGCCACCCUCAACUACCCCACCUACGAUAAGGAGUUGUACGCACUAGUUAGAGCAUUGGAGACGUGGCAACAUUACUUGUUAUCCAAGGAGUUCCUCAUACACACUGAUCACGAAACCCUUAAACAUUUGCGUGGCCAAACCUCACUUAAACGAAGGCAUGCUAAAUGGCUUGAGUUCAUAGAAACCUUCCCCUAUGUAAUCAAGUACAAAAAGGGCAAAGACAACGUGGGAUCCAUGAGGGAACUAGUGCUUAGUGAAGCUCACAGUGGAGGCUUAAUGGGACACUUUGGGGUGGAUAAGAUUCUGGCUGUCAUGAUGGACCAUUUCUAUUGGCCACACAUGAAAAGGGACGUGGAACGGUUCUGUUCUAGAUGUAUCCAGUGCCACAAAGCCAAAUCCAGGUCACACCCUCACGGUUUAUAUAUGCCUCUGCCUAUACCUAACGCCCCUUGGGUAGAUAUUUCGAUGGACUUUGUCUUAGGUUUACCCAAGAUCAGGCACAAGGACUCCAUCUUUGUUGUUGUUGACCGGUUCUCUAAGAUGGCCCACUUUAUACCGUGUGAGAAGACAAACGACGCUACACAAAUAGCCAAUUUGUUCUUCAAGGAGGUUGUGCGUCUACAUGGGGUCCCGAGAACAAUCAUUUGA